CGGUCAAGUUGUAAAAUCUGAAAUGUUUAAUCGCCACUAUGCAAUAACAGCUUGAAGAAAUUACUUCUAUUAGGUAGCAGAUAUUUUUAUUGCUUUCUCCAUUAUACUUAUACAGCUUUUUAUAAGUUAACGAGGUGCGUUUAUAGGUUAAGAAAGGGAUCAAAAUGAAAUUGCAUUGCUCGAAAAUGCUUGGUUUGAAGAUUCUCGAGAAACGUCGGGGUAUAGUGGUAGGCACAUCAGCGACGGUGAAAUCGUAGAGGGGACAACCCCUCCUGCCCUACUCCGGUGCGCGCAACGUCAUUGUGCUGUGUUGGGCCAUGAUCGUUGGAGUGUGUGUGCGUCGCUCAAGCUACGCGCAGACUUGCCCAGUAAAUACGAGGCUUCCGUUCCCUUGUGCGUGUCGAAAGAGUGCGUAGUAAAAAGGAGGUGUAAAGUCUCGUCUCGUUGGCAUCCCGUAUCAUCGGCGUGCACCAUCAUGCCGUUGAGUAUUGGGGUUAACCUAAGAGUGACCGGACACUGUAAUCAGGGCGGUCGUAAGUACAUGGAGGACAUGUUCAGCGUGGCCUUUCAGUCGACACCGGAUGACAAAGAUCUGGAAUAUGCCUUCUUUGGCAUAUUCGACGGCCACGGCGGCGGCGAGGCAGCUACUUUCGCCAAGGAACACCUGAUGAACGUUAUCGUCAAACAGAAGAAUUUCUGGAGCGAUCGUGACGAGGAUGUGCUUCGAGCCAUCAAAGACGGAUACGUGAAUACACACUAUGCGAUGUGGCGGGAGCUCGACAAGUGGCCGAGAACCGCAUCCGGACUACCAUCCACGGCUGGGACUACGGCUAGCAUAGCCUUUAUUCGCAAAGGCAAAAUUUACCUGGGUCACGUGGGAGAUUCUGGCAUAAUAUUGGGAUAUCAAGUAGAUGGUGAUCCUCAGUGGCGUGCUGAAGCUUUAACCAAGGACCAUAAACCAGAGAGUGGUCCUGAAAUGAUGAGGAUACACGAAUCUGGUGGUAAAGUUGUUAGCAAAUCCGGGGUUCCAAGAGUUGUCUGGAACAGACCUCGUAUUGGACACAAAGGGCCUGUUCGAAGAUCAACACAUAUAGAUGAAAUUCCCUUUCUUGCUGUUGCUAGAUCCUUAGGUGAUCUUUGGAGUUAUAACUCUGAAUUAAACACAUUUGUAGUGUCUCCGGAACCAGAUGUUAAAGUAGUUACAAUUGACGUUGAAUCACAUCGUUGUCUUAUUUUUGGAACAGAUGGCUUGUGGAAUAUGUUAACACCUCAAGCUGCAGUGUCUAUUGUCCAAGCUGCAGAUAGACAUAAUGAAAAGCAUCUCAUUGCUUCUCAACAAACAUGUAAUGGGCAAGCUGAUAAUGUUCAUCUAUGGAUAAAUCCUUCGAAAAGCCUUGUGGAUAGAGCAUUGGAAAAGUGGUCAUCAAAGAGAUUACGUGCAGAUAAUACAAGCGUGGUUACAUUGAUGUUAGAUCCACCAGGUCCAUCUCGUAGUGAGGUUCUGCUUAGUCAGAAGGAGUGUGUUGUGACCCAUCAUACUAUCCACACACCUACAGCUACACUUUCAGAAGCUCCAGCAAGACAUAAUUGUAAUCCAGUCUCUUCAGGUAUAUCAAGGCCUUCUCCUAUAAUAAAUCAUAAUGUUGAUUUGAAAAGGCCAGAUAUUCCUGAGGAAAUACAAGAGAAUAGAAAAGAAUCAAAUGUUGAAAACAUAUGUACACCAAUAGAGAAAGUUGAAAAAAAUCAAUGUCAAAAAAAUGAAACACACACGAAUAUUCCAGAAAAUUUGUUAAAUGAAAACAUUCAAUCUGUGGAAUCAUCGUCCAAUAAAACAUUAGAAAAAAGUAUAGAAGUAAAUAGUCCGAAAUCCGAAGCAAUUCCAGCGGAAAAGACAGAACCUAUCACGGAACCAAAAACGACAAUUAAAGAACACGAUAUAUCAAUUGAACAGAAAAAUUCAAAAUCAUCUCGGCAGUCACCGGAGGCAGAAAAGAAAAACGAUUCUAACGUUUCAAAUGUGAUACACCAAAGUGCAUUUUCUAGUGAAUGUAAUGGUACACACUCUUCCAUGGCCGUUACCACGGAGUGCAAUGGGAUGGUUCCGAGAAGUACUAACUGUAAUGAGAACGAAGUAAAAGCUAAUGUAUUGAACGGAUCAUGUCAUAAACAAGCGACAUUGUUUUCCACUUCGAGAAAGGAUGUUCGAAGCGCGAGAAGACACAACUUAACAGCUCAUUCGCGAAAUACAUUGGUAGAUGCAGGUUCUUUAGAAACGAAGACAUAUGUAAAUUCUAGACUUAAAUCGCGUAGUACAAAAGUGACGGGGAAUACGAUAGAGGAGAGUGUGAGAAGUUCAACGAACAAAACGAGCGAUAGUGCUAUUGGUAAACGAAGACACAGUGCAAUAUCACAGAAUGUAGUUAACACGGUCGAGGAGUCAUGUAUAUUACAAGAGCCAUGCGUUAAAAGGAGAACGCGCUCAGAGGAUCGUCCGAAUCCGGUCGACGAAAAUGAUCCAGCAAAUCAAGCCACGAAAGAUGCGAGUAGUAGUUUAAGUUGGCCUACCACGGACUCCAAUAUUGCUCGUUCCACGGCUGGUGCUACCACUGUACCUGUACAAGAAAGACUGUCGUCGCUAAAUACCUUCCAAAGAAAUUUGGGAAAGAAAGCUACGCCCGUGAAGGCUAUCAGAAGACCGUCUAUCAAAGGUCUGUUGAAACAGUUGUUGGCUGUUAGUCUCAGAGAGUGGGAAGGGAGAAACAACCGAUCGAAUAACUGUAACGAGCGGAGGAUAAAACGAACUGUAUCUAUUAUAGGUUCUGCGGAUGAUACGAAUGUCCCGCAACGUUGGCUCAGGUCAGAUACUAUUGCGGCGACACCUGUGAAAACACUACGUUCACGUAAUGUAGACAUAACUGGUCACACGAUAUCUCCACAAUUAGUACACCAGUAUGGAAUAGUAAAGCAAAGUCGGCUCUCUUUGUCAAAUAAAAUGAAGCAUUCUAGUAAUAAUGGAUUUCUACAAUCGAAUAGAGUAAGGUCUUCCUCCUUGCCAUCCAGUAUAAAACAAACGAACAAUAAUACUGGGAACGGAGCUUGUUCUACAAUUAAUCCUACGAACACAGGAUGUAAUUCUAGUUCUGGGAUGGCCAAGAGAGUGAAAUCACCUUACAAUCCGAGUGCUAGAUCAUUAAGCUCGCGAUCUCGCAUUAAGCGCCUUGGAAAAUGAGGUAGGGUAACGUACGUUAAUUACAUUACUUGUUACAUUAAACAGGGUAUCGUUUCUUACCCUCACCAAAUUUUUAUUUACUUCGCGCCUUGCUUUUCAUCUUCAUGGAAAGAUUUGAUGGCUAGCUGAAAAAAAUAAAAAAAAAAAAUGCUCUCAUUUCUACUGUUGCAUUUUAUCUUAAAACUUGAAGAUACUAUAGGCAAGCUCUUGUCUCGAUUUUCCAAACAUCUCGACGGAAUUGGGUUUGCAUUUUAUGGACCAAUCAAUUACUAAAUUUAAAACAAAACAAAACAAAAAAAAAAAAAAAAAAACGAAAAAAGCGAAAAAGAGGAGGUAAAGAAGAAUUAUCAACGAUUUCCGUUGUUUCCUAUUUUAGUAUAGUUCUAACUUGUUAAAAAACGAUUUACUAGUAAAUAAUCGCGUAUAUGAGCAUACUAAGUAGGUCAACAAUUUUCUUAUCGAUACACAGUAGUGUUUUACUACUUCCACGGCACACUGGGUGAAAAGUCGAUUGUAUUUUUCAUAUUUACGCUGUUUCACAAAUUGGAAGAUAUUUAGCAAUAAUGUAGAUACCGUUCGAAUAAUAUAACGUGUUUCUUCGUGUUUGAAAAAAUGAAGAACAUCAACCAGAAAUUGCAUGCGUAAUUUUUCCAACAGAUAUCUUUUACUAUUAUCCAACACGUGUGUGUUUUUUCUUUCAUGCCGUGGUAAUGAAUAGUUUUUGAUUUUCAAAAAUCAAUGUUCCUCUUUUGAUAAUAGAUCACCAUGCUAGUUCAUUCGUUUUAGUAGAUUUUUUCAUCAGGAAGCCAAUUAAACACAUUUAUCAUUUUCCACUUCCUUAAAAAGUCGUAGCACCUUGUGGGAUUGAAAAGAAUAGUAUGACUUAAAAAUUUGUUUAUUUGACAAUUAUUUAACAAUGUAUUGAUACUUUUUAAAGCGUGUGAAAUAUCAUUUAUUUUUAAUAUUUAUAUAUAUAUAUAUAUUAUUUAUUAUUUAAGAUUACGAAGUGAAUUGGCACCUAGUACUACCAAAAAUUCUGUCAACUGAAAUAAAAAUUUUUUACAAUAUAGUAUAUGGUAAAUUAAAAUAUCUGCUACAUUCUAAAUAAUUUUGUGAAAAAUAAUUCGUAAAAAUUUGAGAUUUAUUGUAUUAGAUAGUAUUUAAAAUUUCCUGGGCAUCAAGUCAAAAAAGCAUAGUUUAAGAAAAAGUCAGUUUAAAGAUCCAAAUAAAUUUUUUCGUCAUAAUAUUUGUAUAAUGUUCAAAAUUUAGAAAAGCGUAAAAAUUCCCAAUUUUCUCAAAACCGACAAGGUUUUAUACCAGAUUAAAUAUCGGAUUAAUAUUAAAAGACUUCUUUCAUUACUUUAUGCUUUCUAGUAUUUGGCUAGCUUGUUAAAAUAUUAAUUGUAAAAGAGGAAGUUUGAAACAAGAGAAAAGAAGGAACGUGAACAUAUGUAUAAAAUGUAUGAGCCUGAGAGCAAAAGAAGUAGUGAAUGACUGUAUUGACAGAGCGUAUAUGUGUGAUUUGUAAAAAUUAUUUCCAAUGAUUUCUUCAAAUAUUGUAGUCUUCAACGCGAAAAUGACUUUUAAAGGACGAAUCCUUGAAAGAGAAAAUGUAAUUUACUUACAGUAAGAUUUAAAACAAAUGAAGAUAUCUAAUACGUAGGUACGUAUUUAAUUCAGCGAUUCGCUUUGGCCAAGUAUGGUGACGACUGUUCAAGAUUCACUUGAAGCGUUAAGGAAAAAGAAAACGUGUAUAAUCAUUAAAUUUUGAUAUUUAACUUUAUACAAUGGCAGCACAAAGUCUAAGAAAGUCUUUCGAUAUAAUAAGAAAAAAGAUUAGAUAAGUCCCGAUUCUAUCCUAUUCAUUAAGCAUUUAAUCGUUCGUCUAAUCACGACGGAAUUUUGAAUAGUGACUAUCUUGGUACAAAGCGACACAAAACAAAAAAAGAUGACUGUCUAUUGUGCGAUACAAAAUUUAGAUUAUAUUUAGGGCGAAGAAAAAAUAAAGAAAAGAAGAGUAUAAAUGAGAAUGAAAGAAAUGACGAAUUCAUCUGUUUAUAGAUAUGAUAUGUAAAUCGUUGAAACGGUGAUCGAGAGGCAAAUCUUUCGUAUAAUUUUAUGCUUAAAUCAUUAAGUAGAAACACAUUGUAUUGAAAUCUUUUUUUUUUUUUUCCUUUUCAUUUAUUACGAAUGCGAUCUUGAAUAUAUGUUUUAUGGUAUUAUUUUUAAGAUUAUUUAAAAUUUGUGGGUAGUCAGAAAACAUACUUCAACAGUUUGAUGAAAGUUUAAUUGUAUGCGUGUUAGUAAUAAUAUAAUCAGAGAAGGAGAGUGAGACGGUAAAUUCUCGACUACAUUUUACAACUUUAUUUCAUAUACAACAUAUAUUCUCUAAUGUAAUAUUUGUUGCAGAGAUCGUUAGAGGAUAUUUAAUAUUACAAUAAGAUUAUUUGUAAGACAAUUUUUAGUUGACUUUUAUUUGUUGGAAUAUUUUUUUUAUAUAAAUAGUAUGGUGAUAAUGCAAGAGAAUUUACUACGUCCACAGGAUUGUUUGAUCAAACAAAGAGAAAAAUAAUAAAAACGUUGGGAAACAUAUGUUUAUACGAAUUUAUCAAUAUUUUUAUAUUUUUAUGUUUCAUCAUAGACAGUACAGAGAGAAAAACAAUUAUAUCAAAGAAGAAUAGAGAAAAAUGUAUGAUAAAAGAAAAUAAUGACACGUGCCUACAAUAGUUACCAUUGAAGUUUGUAUAUAUAUAUGUAUAAAGUGUAUUCAUAUAUCAUGGACCAAGAAGAAAGUAAUUUUUUCAUUGUUGCAUAGUGAAGAUAUAAAUACCAAAUGAAAAAAAUAUAUAUAUUAUGAGAUAGAUAUAAAAUCUGAAAUGUAUAAAAUAAGAACGAUCUCUUCUUGGUGCAUGUGAUACAAGUGGCACUAUCUAUACAUAUAGAUAUAUAUCUAUAAGUAUGUAUGUAAAUAUAUAUAAAUAUAUAGACGCAUAUAUAUACAUACAUAUUGUAAAAUAAAAGCGCGCGUAUAUUUGCAAGUCGUCUAUAUAUGUGUAGAUAUAAUUUAAAAAAAAAAAUAAGUUAGAUGAUUGUGCUCAUAAGAGACAUAAACAAAACCUUUGCUAGCUUUUAUUUAUAUACAUGAGAAAUUCUAAUAGUUACAAGGAGAGUAAAAUGUAGAAGUGGACGAACAACAAAGGAUCCGUCUAGUUCUGUGCUUGUAGAUUUAAAAUUCGUUACAUAGAUCCUGAAUUUAAAAAAGAAAAAAAGAAAAAAAAAGAAAUAAACUAAGUAUUUCUCUGAGAGCCGAAGUAAACGGAGAAAGAGAGAAAUAAGAUUUAACAGAAGAACGCAAAGAAAUGUAUGAACAGAAAUUUAUAGUGGUCUAUCUCAGGUUAAGUAUAGGUUGAAAGAGGCGAACUCGAACAAAUGUGUGAUCACGUUUCAAAUCUGUAUAUUUUAAUUAAAUAAACUGAAGUAUACAAAUGUU